AUAAUAUUUUAUUUUGUACUUUUUUUUGUUAACAAUAACGUGUGUUUUCUUUCACUUCCGUUUUACCUAUCAUGUCUCUUAACCUUAAGGAUGAUAAAAUGAAACUCUUACGUGCUUCUAAUAUUACAGAGGAUGAGAAGGCGUUGAUCUUACAUUGUUAUAAAAGUGAAACAACGUUGAAAAAGCUACAGGUAUGUUUAUUGUAUUAGGUAUAAUUGGAAGUAUAUCAGUAUUUCUGGGCUAGAAGUAAAUAUUUAAUCUUUUAAUAAAAAUUCAGCAUAAAUCACUGACUAAAAAGUGUUUAUAUUUUUAUAAUAUCAGAAAUAAUGUUCUGUAAUACCAAGAAAAGUAUUAAAAUACUUUAAAAUAAUGUCUAUUGCACAGUUUAUAAAUAUUUAUAAUUUAAACCAGAAACAAUUUAAAUCCGACCAUUCCAGAAUAAAAAUUAGGUAAAUCUGAAAAAAAUAUUUAAAUUUUUUUUUCUUUGGCUUAGUACAGACCAUUCAGGUCCUACACCGCAACCACCACUUCUGUCCAUCAGUCUCUAUCUGUGUCUAACUUCGAAAUUCAGGAUUACCAGCAUAGCUAGUUUUUUAUGAACUUUGUCUCUCCAUCUUUGUAUUGGACGGCCAAGCAGUCUUGCUCUUUGACUUCCAGCUAGUGACUUGACCAAUUGUCUGUUCUUGACCUCGCUAUACAUGUCCUGCCCUGCUUAUUUUUUACUUUUCAUUGUUGCUAUUAUGUCUGAAUCCUCUAACAUGCUUACUGCUUCUUUGCUCUUUCGUCGCUCAUAUUCUCCUCUAUUUUGGUUUCUCCUGGGACCAAAAAUUUGUCGUAACACCUUACUCUCAAAUCUUGCUAGGUUCUGCUUAUCUGUUUUUCUUGUGGCCCAGUUUUUACAUGCACAUAGCACUACUGAGUGUAUCAUUACUUUGUAUGAGGUUAUUUUAGAUAUGAUUGAAACUAGUUUAGAUUUUAAUAUUAUUUUAAUUUAUAAAUUUAUUUACUUUUCAAUUUUUUUAAAUUAUGAAUUUGUUAAAAAUAAAAGAAUAAAAUAUACACAAUUAUACCUAAUUAAUAUAGUAAAUAAAUAUAUAAAUAAAAAUAAAUAAAUGAAUAAAUGUGCAGCCUGGAGUAUUAUGAUACGUGUAUUAUACGACUGGUUUUGAAUUAAAAAUUCAUCAUCAGGUACAUCAGUCAUAAUGUAAACUGCAACUGCAGGUGACCCAUUUAUUAAUUAAUUUGUUUUUAUUAAUAUAUUUAUUUACAAGUAUUAACCAUUUUAAUAAUUUUAUUUUUAUUUUAUUAAUUAUCAACAUAAUGAGAAUAUAGGUAUUUUCAAUACAUUUAUUUUAUUUGACGUAGUUAUUAUCAUAAUAUUUCAUUUUUAUUUUAUUAUCCAGUACUUACAAUCCAUAAUAUAAUAAAUUAGGUUAAUAAAGUUAAAACUACACAACUGUUUUUUUUUGUAUAUGUGAUCCAUUGAUUUAUUUACUUAAUUUUUAUUUUUAGAUUGAUUACCAAAAAAUUUUGAUUGAAAAUUUAUUAGCUAAAAGAAGAGAAGAAAACGAGUUGUACAAAUUAAAAAAAGAAAAGCUUUUAUUAAAAAUUAAUAAAAUGAAAAAAUUAGACUAAUCAAAAUCAGAUACACAUAUUAUAUAUAUAUAUAUGUACUAUCAUAAUAUGUG